CGCGCCGCCCACCCAUCCGGGGCGCAGCGGCGAGGGGAAACCGGCUGGGCCGGGGGCUGCGGGCCUCGACCCCCCCACACACACACCCAGAUCCUGACCUCUCGGCCCCCAGCCCGGCCCCAAGAUGAUGAAGAGGCAAUUGCACCGCAUGCGGCAGCUGGCCCAUUCGGGCAGCCUGGGACGCACCCCAGAGACUGCCGAGUUCCUGAGUGAGGACCUAUUGCAGGUGGAGCAGCGGCUGGAGCCUGCCAAGCGAGCAGCGCACAAUGUCCACAAACGUCUGCAGGCCUGUCUGCAGGGCCAGAGUGGGGCUGACAUGGACAAACGGGUGAAGAAACUUCCUCUCAUGGCUCUGUCCACCACAAUGGCCGAGAGCUUCAAGGAGCUGGACCCUGAUUCCAGCAUGGGGAAGGCCUUGGAGAUGAGCUGCGCCAUCCAGAACCAGCUGGCUCGCAUCCUGGCAGAGUUUGAGAUGAGCCUGGAGAGGGAUGUCCUGCAGCCGCUCAGCAGGCUGAGCGAGGAGGAGCUGCCAGCCAUCCUCAAACACAAGAAGAGCCUUCAGAAACUGGUAUCUGACUGGAACACCCUCAAGGGCAGGCUUAGCCAGGCAGCCAAGAACUCGGGCAGCAGUCAAGGCCUGGGCAGCGGCCCAAGCAGUUACAGCCACACCACCACAGCCAACAAGGUAGAGACACUGAAGGAGGAGGAGGAGGAGCUAAAGAGGAAGGUUGAACAGUGCAAGGAUGAAUAUUUAGCCGACCUGUACCACUUCGCUACCAAGGAGGACUCAUAUGCUAACUACUUCAUUCAUCUCCUGGAGAUUCAGGCUGAUUACCAUCGCCGCUCACUGAGCUCGCUGGAUACAGCACUGGCUGAGCUGAGGGACAACCAUGGCCAAGCAGACCUCUCCCCCUUGAUGACAGCCACCCCCUUCUCCAGGGUGUAUGGGGUAUCGCUGGAAACCCACCUUCAAGAGCUGGGCCGAGACAUUGCCCUACCCAUCGAGGCCUGUGUCCUGAUGCUGCUGUCAGAGGGCAUGCAGGAGGAGGGCCUCUUCCGACUGGCCGCUGGGGCCUCGGUACUGAAGCGCCUCAAGCAGACAAUGGCCUCAGACCCCAACGGCCUGGAGGAGUUCUGCUCUGACCCCCAUGCCGUGGCAGGUGCCCUCAAGUCCUACCUUCGGGAGUUGCCUGGGCCCCUGAUGACCUCUGACCUCUAUGAUGACUGGAUGAGAGCAGCCAGCCUGAAGGAGCCCGGGGCCCGGCUGGAGGCCCUCCGCGACGUGUGUAACCGCCUGCCCCGGGAGAACGUCAACAACCUCAGGUACCUGCUGAAAUUUCUGGCACGGCUGGCAGAGGAGCAGGAGGUGAAUAAGAUGACACCCAGCAACAUUGCCAUCGUCCUGGGACCCAACCUGCUGUGGCCUCCUGAGAAAGAAGGGGACCAGGCGCAACUGGACGCAGCCUCAGUGUCCUCCAUCCAGGUGGUGGGUGUGGUCGAGGCUCUCAUACAGAAUGCAGACACCCUCUUCCCUGGAGAUAUGAACUUCAACGUGUCAGGCCUCUUCUCAGCCUUCGCCCCCCGGGAUAAGGCCAGCAGCCAGCAGGCCCCUGAAGAGCUGCCACCUGUAGCUGAGUCCAUGCCAGCUCCGGUUCCAGGCCCAGCCCCGGCCUCAGUGGCUGUGAAGGAAAGGGCAGAGUCUGAAGCGCCACCCAGGCCAGCCUCCCCCAAGGUCAGCAGGAGUCUCCCAGAGUCAAAUGCUGUAGCAGAGGACAUGACUCGCAAGACCAAGCGACCAGCACCAGCCCGGCCCACCAUGCCACCCCCCCAGCUCUCAAGCCCCCGCUCCUCUCCUCCAGCCCCACCUGUGCCCCCUGGCCCUGGCAGCCCUGUGACUCCCCGCGCCCUGCCCCGCCGCCUAGUGGGCACCAGCCUCCGGGCUCCCACGGUGCCACCCCCGCUGCCCCCUGUUCCCCCACAACCCACCCGGCGCCAGAGCCGACGCACACCUGCCUCCCCCAGCCCGGCCUCCUCCCCCGACCCAGUCUCUUUGGGCACACCUGGUCAGGGGGACCUCGGGACAGCCACAGAAGACAGGGGGGUCCCUGAGGCUGGAGCUGGGCGUCCCGCUCCCCCAGCUCUGCCACCUCAGCCCCGGCCCAGGGGCCUUGCUUCAGAGAGCGACUGAGCAGGGUCUCCUCCCAGACUGGCCCUCAGUGUCCCCUCUCGCCUCCCCGUCUUGUCCUUCCAGGACUGCCCUUGCCUUUCCCAAGGGGCAGGGGCCUCCAGCCUUCACCCACGAGUGCCUCAGCGCCCACUGGGCUGGCCUC